UAUCACAGCAGGAGCUAAACCCACCAAAGUGCAGUUGCUCACUCACUGCCACCAUGGCCCCACCAUUGCCCUCCACAUCCCGCCUCCUCCCUCGCCUCGCCGCCGCGCGCGCCAUCUCCUCCCGGCCUCACCACCUGCCACCGCCCUCUCCCUCUCCCGCCGGCACCGCGCCCACGUCCAGUCCACAGGCCUUUCACGCCCAUCUCGCAUCCCUCGUGCCCCAUGUCCCCAGCCUCCUCGCUGCGCUCUCCCGCGCCCGAGCCGCGCGGCUCCCGCUCCUCCCGGCCACCCGCGCGCUCGCCGCCUCCGCUCUCCUCCGCCAUGGCCGCCUCCCCGACGCCCUCGCGCACUUCAGCCUCCUCCCGAACCACCCUAUCCUCCCCGCCCCGCUCUGCAACUCCCUGCUCGCCGCGCUCGCGUCGUCCGGGUCCCUCGCCCACGCACGCAAGGUGCUCGACAGAAUGCUUGCGGGGGUAGUCGAGCUGGACACCGUCGGGUUCGGGGUGUUCAUCAAGGCCGUGGGCAGGAGAGAUGGGCUAGCCGAGGUCAUGCAGCUGGUGGAAGUGGUGGGUGGUCGGGGCGGCCGUGUUAGCAGUUCGGUUGUUGUGGCGAUGGUCGUCGACGGUAUGUGUCGGGAGGGGAGGAUUGAGGAUGCAUGGCGUGCUUUGGAGGAGAUGAGGUUGCGCGGAUGGAAGCCAGAUUUUGUUGCAUAUAGGAUUGUGUCCGAGGGGUUUAGGAUAGCAGGGAGGGUGGAGGAGGAAGGGAGGAUCUUGAAGCAGAAGAGGAAGCUGGGCGUCGCGCCUAGGAAGGAGGAUUACAGAGAGCAUGUGCUUGCAUUGGUCUCCAACAGGCAGAUUACUGAGGCGAAGGAGAUCGCAGAGGCGGUUGUGUUGGGGGAUUUCCCAAUCGAUGAUGAUGUGUUGAAUGUCUUGAUUGGUUCGGUGUCCGGGAUUGAUGCUGAUGCUGCCGCUAUGUUCUGUAAGUUCAUGACUGGAAAGGGGAAAUUUCCAAGUACAGAGAUGCUUGUACACCUUUGCGAGAACCUUUUCAAGAACAGGAAGGGCGACGAGAUGUGGGAAAUUUUUAGGGUGCUUUUGGAGAAUGGGUAUUGCAAGAAUUCAAGGGAUUACCAUUUGGUGGUGUCAUUCUUGGGCAAAGCUGGGAAGGUGAGAGAGGCAUAUGAUGUAUUAAAGCAGGUGAAAAGAAAGAGAUUAGAGCCUGACAUUUCAUCAUAUAAUUCUCUCAUGGACGCACUAUGUAGAAAUGAUCUUCUUAGGCCAGCCAAGAAGUUGUGGGAUGAGAUGUUCACUAUUGGGUGUAGCCCAAACCUGCAGACAUACAAUAUACUCAUCACAAAAUUUGCACAAAUCGGUGAAAGUGAAGAAGUCCAACAGCUGUGCAAUCAUAUGUUCCAGAAAGGAGUGGCUCCCGAUGCUGCAACAUACACAUCCUUCAUCACUAUGUUGUGCGAAGAAAAUAAAUAUGAACAGGCCAUGGAUAUUUUUAAGAAAUCUUUGAUGCAGGAUGCUGCCGUGGCUAGCUCAGUGUUGACUGUGUUUAUCCUUGCACUCUGCAAACAAGGUAACUUCAAAGGAGCAUUGAGUGUUAUGUGUUGUGUUGGAUCUAAUGCCGAGAACUUGAAUUCACAUGUCAUUUUGUUGAAGAGUCUAACAGAUGCUGGGAAAGUAGAGAUGGCCAUUGAACACAUAAAAUGGAUUAGAAGCAACUGCAGCUCUAGUUUACACAACAUAAUAAAUGAGCUCAUGGCGUCUCUCUCCACAUCUGCCAGUCUUCAACAUGUGACAAAGCUGAUCCAGUAUUUAUACUCACAGAGGCUUGUUGAUGAAGCUGACCCAUGGAUGAAGUUGAUGGGGAAUGUGUAUGCUUGAAUUGCAGUUUUUCAGUGAGUAGUAUAUCCACAUUGCAGAGCAGGACAUAUUAUUUGAAACUAUUGUGUGGUCUGGUUGUCAGGCAGUCACAGCCUUCUUACAGAAAAAUAUCUAUAUUUCAGUUGUGAAGUUUUACAUCUGCUCUGCGUGUGCCAGAUUUGAGCAAGCGUUUAGUGUUGAGACUGCCAGGGAGGGCAGUGGAUCUCUUGACCAGGAGCAGAAUGAUAAGCAGCUAAAGAUUGCACGUGCUAGUGUUACUGCCAAGGCAAUUCAAAUGGUGGAUGAUAACUUAUCAUCCUCACUGAUAACUACUUUGGGUCUUAUAGCUCAUUUGGCAUUCAUGGAGAGAUGCUCGGUGAUAAAGCAGAGAUGCCCUUUUAUGCAAUCCUGGCCUGAUGAUUGGAGCAGCUGUACUGGAUGUUGAUUGUGGUACAGGAUUCCAUGGUAUUUAACAUAGCCACAUAGGAUAUCUUACAUCAUGUGCUACUGGUAACAUCCACAUUGUAGUUGAAGGGGUUUUAUUUUUCUUUUCCUAUCAUGCUACAUGCAUGCUGUUACCAUCGGCCUGGAAUCUGAAUACUGCAAUCUCCUGAUACAGGUCACUGAAAGCUACUGUGUUCAGCAAUUAAUAAUAAUAGUAACUUCUGAGACGGUUGAUUUUGACUCUGAAUUGACACACUACAAAACUGAAGGUGGUGUAUACAGAGAUCCGGCAGACGAUGACCACAUAUUUUCGCCAACCAUUAUAUGUAUUGAUGAAACUGAUAUGGGUGGGUGGAGGCUUUGGAACUGCUGCAUGAGAAACUAAAACCAAAUAGACUUUAGUAAGGUGGUGUAUUUAUGAAGAUAUGGAGACAAUAUCUCUGUGCUCUUUCAUGGCAUCAAUCUUUGUUGGGAGCUAUGCAUAUGUAUUGAUGAAACUGAUGGCGCAGGAAUGAACUUUAUGGAGGAUAUAAACCAGAGGACCUGGUCAAAAACUGCUUUAGAGGUUUGUCCCUGGUUCCUCUUUUAGCUAUAUUUCGAAUAUUUCUUGACUGACCAAAACAGCAAAAUUGUGUGCUUUGCAUUCGACCUUAUGUAAACAGUGAAUCCAAAAAGUUUUUCUGUUCGUUAUUUUCUAUUGUAAUGAUUGGAUUCAGAUGAACUUCUGUGCACAGCACAGAAACUUUCUGUUCACCAUUUUAUUAUUGUAUUCAGGUUGAGACGGAGUUCUUUGAA